GCAGCGGGGAACCUAGAUCUGCAACGAUAGAUCACGAGUCAUGUGUACUUUAAGAGACGUUAAUGUGACGAGGAGGAAGAGGAGGAAAGAGAAGCUCCAUGUGUUGUUGCUGAGCCUCAUGAGACCAACUGUGAUUUGUGAAUGUGGGCCACACAAAUAAAGAUUCAUUCAGUUCUCUCUCGUAACUCGGUGGACGUGAAGAGAUGAAACACGGGGAUCCCUGGAAUAUGUUCGUGGGAUCCUUGGCUGACGCAGUCUUUAACCUGAAACCAGGUUCCACCUGAAACCAGUUCUGUGGAUGAUCUUGAAAAAAACAAUGCGACCCUUGCACUUUAUCAGCUCAGGCAUGACACCAGGAAGUGGGAGCUGAUGCUGAGAAACAACUGGAGUUUCCCCCCCUGGGUGUGGAAACUGGACGAGUGGGAGGAGGAGUGACACGGGAAUGGAUGUGGACAAGAGACAAUGAGACGCAGAAGGUUCGGACUGAGGACGCUGUGACUAUCAGCUCCGCCAUGGAGAGCAUCCUCUACCAUGGAGACGACCACAACUGCACGUGUGUGGACCGACUGAUGAAACGUUAUUUCCUGCCCAUCUCCUACUCUCUCAUCUUCAUCGUGGGCCUGGUGGGAAACGUGACCUCCAUCGGCGUCUACCUGACGAAGCUGCGACCCUGGAAGAGCAGCAGCAUCAUCAUGGUCAACCUCGCGCUGACCGACCUCCUCUACGUCCUCAGCAUGCCCUUCCUGGUCUACUACUACAGCAACGGGGACUCGUGGACGCUCGGCGACUUCAUGUGUCGCUUUGUGCGUUUCGGGUUUCACUUCAACUUGUACGGAAGCAUCCUCUUCCUCACGUGUCACGCAGUCUUCCGCUACUUGGUGGUGACGAGGCCUUUGAUGGCCGCACGGGUGCAGGAGACGUUUUGGGGGAUCGUUGCGUGUUUGUCUGUCUGGAUCGUCACCACCGUUGAGAUAACUCCCAUGUUGUCGAUAAUAAUGUUACAAGAACACGACAACAAGACGUACUGUUUGGACUUUGCGAGCUUCAUCAGUGCUAGCACUGAUGACAAGCGCUGGUAUAGCUGGCUGCUCACUACACUCGGGUUUCUACUCCCCCUAGUGGUGGUGUUCAUCUGUUACAUCGGUAUCGUGCGAAAGCUCGCAGAAGGGCCCGGCAUGAGCACUUCCUGUCGGAUGCGAGCGCGUCGCGUGACCGUACUGAUCCUGGUGGUGUUCGUUAUGUGUUUUCUGCCGUAUCACAUCUUGCGCGAGUUGCGAAUAGAAACCCGAGGUAUGCAAGAGACACCGUGCAUGGUGGAGCGGGUCGUCCACGCCGCCUACAUCAUCUCCAGGCCUCUGGCUGGACUCAACACGUGUUUCAACCUGGCUCUGUACACUCUCUCAGGUGACAAGUUCAAGGGAGCUUUCCUCAGCGUGUUUCACUGGAAGCGUUGGCUGACCAAGGCCUUCGUCAGCAAAGCAAGCGCUGACAGAGUUGCUGAGUGAGAAACUGUCCAACUCCUGCAUUCACUGCUUUCAGACAUGCACCGCACCCCGGAGAUCUUCAGGAGUUUCGGAUUUCCUGCGGACUUUAUACCAGGAGCCAGAUGGAGAAAGUCCGCAGGAAGUCCGAUGUGAGAACACAGCAGGAGAUCCUCCGCAGGCGUUGAUGAAGCAACAGAUUCAAAUAUGACAAAAAGAAAACGAUGAAAAAGUAGCGUCGUACACGUAGAAGACAAAAAAACAUGAUUUUCCGCAGCAGAAUUAAUACGUUACAUCUUAGGCUCUGGAGAUUUCUGUGUUAGUGUGAACUUGUUCGAGCGGAGAAUCUCCGGCUGCGUUGUUCAUGUGUGAAAGACAAACUCUGAAUCUGCUGAGGUCAUGUCUGAAUACAGCUUCAGUGGACAGGAUGGGAUCACAGAUUGUAAAUAAACUGAUAUUAGUUUCAGGCGGAACGUGUGUGUGUGUGUGUGUGUGUGUAAAUUUACAUGAUUAAAGGUAAAAGCUGUAAAGUUUGCAUAUCAGAUUAGACCUUUAAACACUCUUUGUCUUUAUCUGUCAGAGUGAUUUACCUGAAUAUGAUAUAUAACACAAUAUCAUGAAAUAUUACUUUGUUUUCUAAUCAUAAGAGUAAAGUUUGUAUUUAAAAUCAAACUGUGCUGGUUGUGGUGACUAAACUUUUAGUGAUCCCUCUUGACAUAUAAUGUGUGUAUGUAAUUUGCAUAUAGAGGGAACAUGGGGUAGGUUGCAGUUUUAUUGUUUGUGUGAAUAAAGUGAUAACAGAGCUAUAACCUGAGCGGAGCUGCGUAAAUAUAGAAACUGUUGUAUUCUAGUGCCGCGAUGCAAACUGAUGAAAAUCCUCUCGUCAUAGUCUCCAAACCAUAAAUAUCUGUGUCACACCUGUCGAGUGGAACAAUGAGCACAUUUACAAUUCACACUGACAUUCAACAGCUGUAAACAAACACAAAAUAAAUACAAAACUAAAAUAAUUACUGAAAAAAAUACACAAA